ACAAGCUUGAUACUACGCUCACUCUUUCAGGUGGAAGCCCUCUUCAACUCAACGCAUUCCAUUUUACGACCAUACUCCUCUUUGAUUGCUAUAAUGUUGUCAUUCUCACGAAUCAUGUUAAGGUGUGCUCUUCAAAUCCCAAAGCUCUCUCCUUAUUCUGUUCCCCACUCCUCUCUCCGUCUUUGCUUCCCUUCUACUUCAUCCCUACACACUCAUUCUCAACCACAAUCACUUGAUGAAGCUGUUGAUUCCUUCACUCGCAUGCUCUCUAUGCGUCGCCCUCCAUCCAUCAUCCAAUUUAACAAGAUUUUGGGAUCUCUUGCCAAGACCAACCAUUUCCCCACCGCCAUUUCCCUUUUUCAGCAAUUGCAAGCCAGGGGAAUUGCGCCCAGCAUAUUUACUAUGAAUAUUUUAAUCAAUUGUUGCUGCGGCAUGGGUCGGAUCACUCUCGCUUUCUCUAUAUUGGCCAAGAUUUUCAGGAUGGGUUUUCAGCCUGAUACCAUAACGUUGAAUACACUCAUUAAAGGUCUCUGUCUCUGUGGUAAUGUUGAAAAAGCACUACACUAUCAUGACAGAGUGCUGGCUCAUGGAUUUCUGUUUAAUGAAGUCACUUACGGGACCUUAAUCAAUGGACUCUGUAAGACCGGACAUGCAGCAGCUGCUAUUCAAGUGUUGAGAAAGAUCCCACGGUAUGGGAUUGUUCCUAAUGUCGUAAUGUACAGCUCAAUUAUUGAUAGUCUGUGCAAGGAUACACUUGUAAGUGAUGCUUUUCAUUUAUAUUCUGAAAUGCUUGCUAAGGGAAUUUAUCCUAAUGCUAUCACAUACAAUUCUCUCAUUUUUGGAUUGUGUCUUGUGGGUCAAUAUAAGGAAGUCAUUGAUUUGUCAAGUGAUAUGGUACCUAGAAACAUUACUCCAGAUGUUCGUACCUAUAAUAUUUUGGUCGAUGGGCUAUGCAAGGAAGGAAAGAUCAAAGAUGCUAAGAAUGUGUUGGCUGUGAUGACAAAACAUGGUGUGAAACCAGAUGUGGUUACUUAUAACAGCUUAAUGGACGGAUAUUGUCUGGUUAAUCAGGUAAAUAAGGCAAAAUAUGUAUUCAACACAAUGGCCGAGAGUAGACCAUUUCCUAAUGUUCGGAGUUACAAUAUCAUGAUUAAUGGCUUUUGUAAGAGUAAAAUGAUCGAUGAUGCCUUAAAUCUCUUCGAAGAGAUGCGUCGCAAGAACUUGGUUCCUGACACGGUAACUUACAAUACACUAGUUGAUGGCUUGGGAAAAUCAAGGAGAAUCCUUUGUGCCUUGGAGCUUCUUGAAAAGAUGCAUGAUCUAAGUCAACCUGCUAAUAUAGUCACUUACAAUUCUUUGCUGGAUGCUUUGUUCAAUAUCAAACAACAUGACAAGGCACUUAUGUUAUUCAAUCAAAUGAAAGAGUGUGGCAUUGAUCCCGAUAUAUAUACAUACACCAUACUUAUAGAUGGCAUGUGCAAAAGUGGAAGACUUAAAAAUGCAAAAGAGAUUUUUCAAGAUCUUUCCAUUAAAGGCUAUCAUCCAGAUGUGAGGACAUACACUAUUAUGAUCAAUGGGCUUUGCAAGGAGGGCCUACUUCAUGAAGCAUUGGUUUUCUUGUCAAAAAUGGAAGACAAUGGUUGCUUACCAAAUGCUGUAACUUAUGAAAUAAUCAUUCGUGCUCUGUUUGAAAAAGGUGAAAAUGAUAAUGCGGAGAAACUUCUUCGUGAAAUGAUAUCUAAAGGCCUGUUGAAAGGAUAAAAGAUGUUAUACCUGAAGCAUAUUGUACCAAAGCAAUCAACUUGAUAAAAAAGAUUACUGAUUCAAACUUCAAAGCCAAAGGAUUUUGAUCAAACACUAGCCUCUUGCGCAAUCUCCAAGCACCCAAAAGAGUAGCAAGAAACAUUUGCACAGGUGGAAAUAGAAAAUAACUAGUUUACAAGGGCAAGCAGUAGCAGAAAGCCAUUGGAUUUUAUUCAUUUGCCAUUAAACAAAGCAGCAAGAAUGCAACAUACUACAGUAAUAGGGCCCAAGCAUCUAAGUCUUUAUGUAUUAGAAAGCAUCCAAGUCUAGUAGGUAGAUACUGAAUAUUACUAGCUUAGACUAUACAAGAUGUGGAUAUUACGUUGAUCAUAUUGGAUUGAAAAUUUGAAAUGGCUUGACAUUCACAAGUUCAUUUCCCUGACUUGCACAUAUGCAGUUGAGCGGUGUUAAGGUAGUUCGAGGCAGGUGUUGUGCAGCUGUUUGUGUAAGAUCAAGCUUUGCACUUUUAGUUUUGUUCCAUUUAUAUCUUUGUACCCUUUAUUGCUGAGAUUGUUAAUUUAUUCAUCACUGGCAUUUAUUUUUGUACUUAAAGAUUGAUUAAUAAAUAUGAUGAUAGUUGCUGAAUGACAAUUUUAAGUGCAUUUAGGUGAGGGAAUGAUGAGGAGUUUAUGUGAAUCCAUUGGUGGAUAUCAAAGAUUGAAAGAGUGUUAAACAUCACAUGCCGAUGCUGCUGCUGCUGGAAUUGACAUAUAAUUCAUAGUCGAUGCAUUGCCUUAAUUUGUUGUUGUUAGUGUCUCUGCAACGGCUUUGAUUGGUUCUUGUAAUGCUUUUUCACUUAUCUCGAAGGCUUAUUAUAGUUAAAGAAUUAUG